GUUAAACGGAAAAUCAACAAAAGUUGCGCAAGAAUUACGAAAAGAUAAACUCCCCCAACCAGCCACCUACCAGCCACCAAGUCAAAGAAGACAAAUAAAAGUAUAAGUAGCCGAAGAAAUCUCGCAAGCGUUAUCACGGAGGUUGUAAUAUUAAUUGUAUUGGCAGAUCGCUAACUGUCAUUUUACUGUUUCCCGUUGCACUCUGAUUCUUGAAAUAACUGGGAAAGCUAGAGGUAAACAUGGAGUUUUGUGUGACUUCAGCACUCAUAGGUAUAUCACUUUAUAUGGUGAUACAGGGACUGCGCUUCAUAUUUGCGGAUGCUGACUUUACUUUGCUUUGGGCGAGCAUGAUGGGGAGUAAACCAGAGACUGAGCUGAAGGGGCUGGUGGUGUGGAUUACCGGAGCCUCAAGUGGCAUUGGAGAGGAACUGGCGUACCAACUGGCUGGAUGUGGUUCCUCCUUGAUCCUGUCUGCUCGCCGCACUGAUGAGCUCAAUAGGGUGAAACUUGGCUGCUUGAAAUGUUCCGAUUUACAAGAUAAGGAUAUUCUUGUUCUUCCGCUUGAUUUGUUGGAGAGGGAAUCUCAUGAUGCCAAAACCAAAGCAGCAUUCCAGCACUUUGGCAGGAUCGACAUCCUGAUUAAUAAUGGAGGACGGAGCCAGCGUUCCCUGUUCUUAGAGACCAGUGUGGAUGUUUACCAGGCCUUGAUGGACCUUAACUUCCUGGGAACGGUGUCGCUCACCAAGCAGGUGUUGCUCCACAUGACACAGAGAGGCACUGGCAGCAUCGUGACCAUCAGCAGUGUUGCUGGCCUUAUCGGGGUACCACUGUCAACGGGGUAUUCUGCCAGCAAACAUGCUCUACAUGGCUUCUUCAACUCUAUCCGCACAGAGCUGUCUGACCACCCAAAGAUACUCAUUAGCACGGUGUGUCCAGGGCCUGUUCAGUCACAGGUAGUCCAGAACGCUUUCACUCACACAUUAGAAAAGUCAGUGUCCACAGCAUCAGGGGACCAGCAACACAAGAUGCCCACCAGUCGCUGUGUGCGUCUCAUCCUGGUGGGCAUGGCCAAUGGCAUCAAGGAGAUGUGGAUAGCCCAGCAGCCCUUUCUCUUGCUGUACUACGUGUGGCAGUACAUGCCCACCCUGGCCUGGUACCUCACAAACCGCCUGGGCAAGAAGAGGGUGGAGAACUUUAAAGCUGGCAUAGAUGCAGACUCUGCUUACUUCACAAAGCCCAAGGUCAAAACCCCAUGAAUAGCACAUUUUGAAGAGGUAAAAUAUUUUGUUGCCUUCGUAAUUGUUGAAUUAGAAAUGGAGUCUGUUAAUAGCUCCAGCAGCUACGGGGCCUUGCUUUUAAGCUGAAAGGAAAGGGCUUUAGGAUAGCUUGAAAGGCUGACAGCUUUUACAUGACAGGAGUAGAUGGCAGGGUUAAAAUGGAAGCACUUACAGCCUGUGCAACUUCCCAUCGAACGCAUGGUUUUGAAAAUUGGAUUUGUAUCUCAGUUGACUUGACUAGUCUCUUUCAAAUAAUUUUAUUACGUAUAUACAGUUACAUAUAUAAAAUCAACAAUAUAUACAGGAGACUAUGGCAAAUUCAAUUUAUUUGACUGUCUUCAACUGUAAACAUGUUAACUGUAAACAAAGGAUAGCAAACAUGUACUAACCACAUGACAAAUACUGCAAGACAAACCCAAGGCACAUCCUUGAAUUUUACACUUUCUAACAAAA